GAGGCUCACUCAAAGCUGUUUACAGAUGUCGCUUUAAGCAACUGUACCUUGUUUACUUUUCGCGGCAUUAAAGUGUUUGGCUAAUAACGAGAUAAACGAGAUUUAAAGUGUGUAUUGUUUUUAAAAUGUACUCAUUUAUGACUGUGCCUCAACUAAAAGCCGAGCUUCGUAAAAGAAAUGCAACAACUGCCGGUAAAAAAGCUGAUUUGAUUGAAAGAUUACGAACGUAUGAUCAAAACCAAAAUUUUUGUGCUGACUGCGACAUCCAAGAGGACCCUGCAUACGUAUGUCCACCUUCUGAUACAUUCAGAGACAUAAAUGCAGAUACUCUUCUGCCAAUGAUCACUAGACAGGCAAUACAGGAAUAUUUUGUAAAUUACAGAUAUAGUACCCAGCCUAAAGGGUUGCUCCUUUACGAAUCUCGUCAUCUUGUGACUGCCCGUUUUUCCAACGAAGGCAAUUACACAUACGUGCGAGGACAGUGUAAAGCCAGUAUGAAGAAAGUUGCAUAUGUGGUUGACGUAAAGUUAAGCAAAGAUGGAGUAAUAGAAGAAUGCCAUUGUGAUUGUGCUGCAGGAAGUGGUACUCAAGCAAGUUGCAAACAUGUCUCUGUAUUGUUGUUUGGUAUACAUGAAAUGGUGCACAAGAAAUCAAUUAAACUGCAUCAAUCAUGUACUGAAAAACUAAUGACAUUUAAUAGACCAAGUAAAGUUUUUUAUAACUCUCCCAUAGCAGCUCAUAAUUUACCAAGCAAGAGGUUAAAAUCCUGUAAUUUUAAGCCCCUAAAUGAGAGUGACGUAAUGGAAAAUUAUCCACAUUAUGUGCGGAAUUUGGUCAUUGGGUAUGGUGAAAGCUCAAUGCCUCUACUGCAGACAUAUGAACCUGCAAAUCCACAUGGGAUUGAAUGGGAUCACUACCCAUAUUUAGCAAAGACUCCACAAGAUAAUUUGCUUGAAAAGCUCCUGUUGAAAAAUGUCACAAACGAAAAAAUUCAAGCGUUGGAGAAGAAUACCAGAGCUCAAAAUGCCUCUGCCGAGUGGCAUGAAAUGAGAUCAUGCAGGAUUACUGCUAGCAUGUUUUAUGUAGUGUGCCACAGUAAAACUUGCACUAAAAGUUUAUUGCAAAAAAUUUUUGCACCAAAGACUGUGCAUACUCGAGCAAUGGUUCAUGGUAAGAUUCAUGAAACAAUUGCUAUUGCGAAAUAUGAGGCCACCUACGGACUGUCAGUACAAGCAUGUGGAUUGUUUAUUUCCUCUGAAUAUCCCUUUCUUGCUGCUUCACCAGAUGGCUUAUUGGGAGAAGACACUAUCAUUGAAGUCAAGUGUCCAUAUACUGCAAGAAAUUGUAAAAUAACUAAUGUCAGUGUGCCUUAUUUAGAGAGAUGUAAUGGGCAGUUUCUUUUGAAAAAGAAACAUCCUUAUUAUGCUCAGAUACAAGGACAAUUAUAUUGUUCAGCACAUAAAACAUAUAAAAAAGAUUUUACUUGCUAUUGGAACAUAGCUAUGGUCUAG